UUUAAGCACACCGUUUUAUGAUUUACAAAGAAAAAGCAAUUUUACGUUCAAUUGAAAAUGUGAUUUGAUUCACUUAUAUCGUGUUAACAAAAAUGGUUUUCGUUGUAUUUUAUUUGUUAAUACUUCAAAUCUAUGUUAACGGUGAGCCGAGCUGCUAUGAAACAAAAACACCAGAUGUUACCGAGGGCAACAUCGGUGAGACUAAGCAUUUCCCCUGGUUGGGUGUGCUACGAGUUCACUCACAUGAUGGUCCAACAAUGAAAAUAGGUUUAACUGGGCUGGUAUUGAUAAAACACAAUUAUGGCGUGGCGAACGCUCACGAUGUUGCCGGAGUGCACAAAAGUGAUCUCGCAAGGGAAACAAGGGCGAUGUUUAUAUUGAAAGAUGGGGAGUCUUGGUCCUGCGCGGUCAGAGAUAAACAUCUUCAUCCCGAAUACGAAUACAUAACGUACAACACGAUAGCAUUAAUUGAAUUGGACUAUGAAUUUAACGACGAUUUAAUUCCGAUAUGUACACCAAAUAUCAAUUACAAUACCAAAAAUCAAUUGUACGCGGUAGGUUUCGUAGAUGAUAAUAAACUUUUAGAAAAAGCUAUUUACAACAUCGAAUACGUAAAUCGGGAUUUGUGCGAUGAUUUUUACAAUCGUGUUGGGUUCAAAUACGAAGACAGUUUCUACAAACCAACGACUUAUCACUGCGGAGUUGCUAAGAAUAAUAAGAAGAAUUGUAUGUGGGACAACGGCAUGGUACUUGCUUCUAACACGACUGGAACCUGGGUUUUGAUCGGCUUCAGUAUAAAAGGACCGGGAUGUUCUGCUCCAAUACGGUUCUUAGACAUGUUGUCCUAUCUACCCUGGAUUGAGACGUCCACAGACCAAGUUAAUAUAUACUAAUAAUCAAUAAAAGAUAUUUUAAUGUAU